AAUAUAGGGAAGCCUCAAAUAUUGCAGAUGCCUGUUGCCAGGUCUUACGCUUUAUACUGGCAGCCAUUGAUGAGUGGUUAGAGUGGCAGCUAUUCAUUGUUCUGUUAGCUGUUCUCCUCCUCGGCAACAACGAAGACUGCAAAGGCCUUGUAAGACCAGAAAGGGGAACGAUAAGUUGUAUCACCGUAUAUCUGCUUGGAAAUGAUGGGGCUCAUUCUUACAAUGGAAAUGGAAUACGAUUUACAAAAAUAAUAAAAUAUGUUCGCUUAACUGACGAGGAACUUGUUGACCAGCGAGGACAUGCAAAACUACCAAGGGAUGUCCUUUUACGAAAACUUACAGAUAAAGAGAUGGCAAAAAUUUCGAUGAAAAUCGGAAGGGAGUAUGUCCCCCUUGCUCUUUUGUUAGGAUUUACGAAGGCUGAGCUUGAUCACAUUCGGGAAGACAACAAGUUUGCUGUUCAUCGAGUUUUUGAAAUAUUGUUCAAAUGGAGGGAAACCAAAGAAAGCAAUGCUACCAUUGAAAAACUUGCAGAAGCGCUUGAAGAGCUUGGUAUCAAUGCUGAUAUUAUUUACAGCAGUUUAGAUUAGGCUUGAUUUCCGUAUGAUUCCUAACGCUCAUCUUGAUAUUUACACACAUAUCCUGAUAAAAUAAUUUAAUACGUUUAACCAGCUGUCGAUACAGAACAUUACGUUAGAAUUCAUUUAUGAAUUAUUAGAUUAAUAUCAUACUACAUUCUGUGCAAAUAUGAAACGCCCAGUUUAAAGACACACUAUGCCUCAGAAUCAAAUUAACUUCUAUAGAAAGGAAAUUCAACGUUUAAAAAAUGGUUUACUAAGAAAAAACGUUAAUUGAAAAAUUAUUUGUUAUGAAAGUUGCAAAAUAUCAACAGAAUAUAUUAAAUCAUUAAAACUAUACUUUUUGCCAUAAAGCAACAAAUGAACAAGAUGGUUCAGAUAAUUGGCCAAUGGGUACUUUUUAAAACUAUAAAAGUACACCAAAAAUAAAAAAGCUUCAGAGAAAUAAAAAAGCAAUUCUGAGGCAUAAUGGGCAUUUUAAAACAAGGUAAAAACGGAAAGUCAGUAUUGGAUUAAUUAAGAAGCAGGGAAACAAAGAUGUUGAUACUAAAUAUUUAGUACUUUCUCUCUUAUGCAUAUUAUCACAAUAAUUUCAUAAUGUAAGAUUGACAAUUCCCCCAUCCUCUUGUGUCUGAGGUGUUGCCUUUAAGGUUGAAACAUCAGAAUUGCAGUCACCGUUUAUCCCUGCGUGAUCGUUAGAGGUGACUGAAUGGGUUCGAAUCACUGGAGUUUUAACUUCAGCAGGUAAUGUGGUUUUUAACCUCUUGUGCGGCUUUUAAGUUGUAACACGGUAGGUAAGCCGAAAUCAUCUUUCCGGUUUCUGCGCCAGAUGACCUAAACAGCGCUAGUGCGCCGUAAAACCGAAAAUAUAAUAACUUAAGAUUUAAAUCAAUAGACGUUUUUAAAAUUGUGUUGAAGUACUAUCUUUUAACAGAUGUUUUCAUAUCCCUAAAAUUAUUAUUGUUAUCAAUGUACAUGUAUAUCUCUGUUCUCUUUAUAAAAAUACACAUUUAUAAUUGGAUUUCGAUAUUUUUUAUAACCCCACCACAAAAUGUGGGGGGGGGGGGGGGCUAUAAUGGAUUCGCUUUGUCGCGUCCGUCGGUCGGUCUGUCAAUCUUGGCUCAAAUGUUCACCUCAACAAGGGGAUGUGCAGAACCUAUGUCACCCUUUUGUCGGCUUAAUGUCAAGGUCACACUUUAAGGUCAAUAAUUGAAUUAGAAAAUAUUUUUAAAUUUUAACAUGUAUUUGAAUAUUUCUGAAACUAGAAAAUGUAUUUGCUUGAAACUUGAAAUAUAUAUAUAUAGUGUCACAAUUAAGAUACGCUGGUCAAGUUUCAUAACUCUGUAUUGCAUUUUAACAAAAUUAUGCCCCUUUUUAAGUCUUUAAAUUUACAUACAAUCAAAUAUAAGACAAUAUGUCGUCUCUGCUCUAUAAAUCCUAUGCUAAUGGAAGAAUUUUCUUCAAACUUUACUCAAAUGUUCAUCUCAACAAGGUUAUGUGCAGAAUCCAUGUUACCUUUGUGCCGACUGAAGGUCAAGGUCACACUUGAAGGUAAAAAAUUGACUUAGAAAAUGUUCUUAAAUUUUAACAUGUACUUGAAUAUUUCUGAAACUAGCACAGGUAUUUGCUUGAAACUUAAAAGAUAUAUGAGGUGUCAAAAAUAAGAUAUGCAGGUCAAGUUUUAUAACUCUGUAUUGCAUUUUGACAAAGUUAUGCCCCUUUUUAAGUCUGUAAAUUUACAUACAAUCAAUACUAGACAAAAUGUCGUGUCUACUCUAUAAAUUCUAUGCUUAUGGAAGGAUUUUUUUCAAAUUUUACUCAAAUGUUAAACCCAACUGGGCAAUGUGCAGAACUCAUCUUACCCUUGUGCCGGCCUAUGGUCAAGGCCACACUUGAAGGUCCAAAAUUGACUUUGAAAAUGUUUAGUACAUUGGGAAAAUGAAAGGUUAUUUGUAACUGUUUCGAACAUGAUUUAACAAUAUAUAUUUAUACUGUUACCAGUACAAUUAGUCUUUUUUUACCAGAGAUAUGAGGUAUGAUAUGUUUUUAUCUGAUGAUCAUUUUUAGUAUCUUAGUCUAAUAUAAUGUAAAUUGAAAUAAAUAUGGAUUGUAAACUAUGGGGUAUCACUGAUACACCUUAACCAUCAUAUGGUGUGAAAAAUAGAACAUACGGUUUUAUUGUUUUAUAUUGAAAACAAUGUAAAGUGUAAGACAACACGCUUUGAAUAUGCAAAAAAUGUAUGGUAUAUUAGGGACAUUUUAUAUGCAUUUAGAAAAAAUGAAUAAUGAAAGUUUGGUAUAGAAAACUUGAAUAUAACUGUAAUACAUAUAUAGAAAUAACAGUAUUAAAAGUAGGAAAUGUGUUUUAUUAAACAAAAAUAGUGAUGCUUGAAAUUUGUUGAAUGAAUUUUGUAUUUCGUAUUCAUAGACUAAUCAAUUCUUAUAAAUAAUCAGCUUAAUAAAUUGAUAACAUGUAUAAAAGGAACUAUAUUUACAAAAUUUAAUACAAAAUAAGAUUAGAAAUUCACAUAAUUAUAUUUUUAAAGAAUGAAAAUGUUUCUGAAACAUAUUUGGUCUAUGGAAAUAAUUUAAAUAAUAUCGUACUACUUUUUGUCAAUUUAGGUAAUCUGCUUAUAAAUUAUUGAGGAAUAUUGAUAUACAUGAAAAACUCCUAUGUGACUUUUAAUUAAACAGUUGUUUAUUAUGCAAGAUUUCACAAGCCAGUAAACAUUAAAUGUCAAAAACAA